UUCUAAAGCUCCAGGUCACAUGCACUGGCGUUUAGGCAGUCGCGUCCCCCAUCGCGUUUGCUAUGAAGUCAUCGUCUUAACAACCACGAAUCCUUAACUUUCAGUGUUUACUCAUCGCAAAUCAUCCAACGCCAGUUUUUCACCCCUCCUUUCGUGUAAUCAGAUCAAACCGAAUCAAGGUUCAAAGUUCUUUCAAAAUGUCUUGGAGGAAGGAUGAGGAUGAGAGACCAGACGGCGACGAAGGCGAUGAGGAGUUGGAUGAGAAUGACUACAAAACACAGAAAGAUGCAGUACUAUUUGCCAUCGAUGUGAGCAAGUCGAUGUUGAAACCACCUCAGGCUAUGGGGGAUAAGAAAGCCGACAAGGACUCUGCGCUCACAGCAGCCCUAAAAUGCGCCUACCAAAUCAUGCAGCGACGAAUUAUCUCCCAGCCCAGAGAUAUGAUGGGCGUCUUGCUCUUUGGAACAGAAAAGUCCAAAUUCCGCGAUGAUUCGGGCAAUGGUACAGGAUAUCCCCACUGUUAUCUGCUAUCCGACCUCGAUAUACCCGGUGCCGAAGACGUCAAGAAGCUUAAGGCCUUGGUGGAGGACGAUGAGGAUGAAGACGAGAUCAUGGUCCCAUCAAAAGAGCCGGUGGUCAUGUCAAACAUGCUCUUCUGCGCCAACCAGGUCUUCACCACAAACGCCGCCAACUUCGGUUCUCGGCGCCUUUUCAUUGUCACCGAUAACGAUGAUCCUCAUGCCGGUGAUAAGCAGGCAAAAUCAUCUGCCGCCGUUCGCGCCAAGGAUCUCUACGACCUCGGCGUCGUUAUCGAACUAUUUCCCAUCAGUCGGGAGGACAAGAAGUUCGACCUAUCCAAGUUCUACGACGAUAUUAUUUAUCGUGAUCCGGCAGCUGAGGCAGGCCAGUCAGAAGGUCCCAAGACUUCCAAGUCUGGCGACGGUUUGACUUUGCUCAACUCCUUGAUCUCCAACAUCAACUCGAAGCAGACCCCAAAGCGGUCUUAUUUCUCGAACUUGCCCUUUGAACUCGCCCCAGGUAUCACUAUCUCUGUCAAAGGGUACAUCCCACUCCACAGACAAACACCUUCUCGCUCAUGCUAUGUCUAUGAAGGAGAGGAGCAGGCUCAGGUCGUCCAAUCCGAGACUGCGCAGGUUGACUUUGCUGCUCGAACUGUCGAGAAGUCCGAACUGAGAAAAGGCUACAAAUUUGGCGGCGAGCAUAUAUGCUUCAAACCCGAAGAGCUGGCGGAACUCAAACAGAUGGGGAAGAAAACACUUCGAAUCAUUGGAUUCAAGAAGCGGUCCAAGAUCCCGUCGUGGGCCUCGGUCAAGAAGUCCGUAUUCAUAUUUCCCAGCGAGGAGCAAUAUGUCGGCUCCACUCGCGUGUUCUCUGCUUUGUGGCAGAAGCUCCUCAAAGAUGACAAGGUGGGUAUCGCCUGGUUCGUCGCACGGGAGAAUGCCCAUCCCGUCAUGGUAGCCAUAUUUCCUUCCGGAAACCCGGAUAACGAGGAGGCAAAUACGCCGUACCUACCUGCAGGACUUUGGCUCUGUCCCCUCCCGUUCGCAGACGAUGUCCGAAGCGUGGACCACGUAACGGCGCCUGCCAGACCCGCAGACGAACUUACAGACCAGAUGAGACAAGUUAUCCAGAACUUGCAGCUUCCAAAGGCUAUGUAUGACCCGCGCAAGUAUCCAAAUCCGUCACUGCAAUGGCACUACAAGAUUUUACAGGCCAAGGCACUCGAUGAAGAAACCCCCAAUUCUAUGGACGAUCUCACGCUACCCAAGUACAGGCAGAUUGACAAAAGGGUUGGCGGUUACCUUGCCGAAUGGAAGGAAAUGCUCGCACAGAAGGCCAGGGAUCUUCAGAACAACAGAGCGUUCAAGCGUGAGUUCGAAGACGGUGAUGAUGAAAGGCCAGCAAAGCGCGCGAAACCAACCAAAAAGGCUACUAAUGGUGGUGGUGCCGGGCCGGCCAACAGCAACGCAGACCUGAAGAAAGCACAUGAACAGGGCACGCUCGGCAAGAUGACGGUAGCUGAGUUGAAGGACAUCAUGGCGAGCAAAGGCAUCAGCACGGCUGGUAGGAAGGCUGAGCUGGUUGAGAGACUUGAACAAUGGGUUGAGGAGAACUUGUGAUCGUGAGAUUUUUGCUUGUUAGCAUGCGGAAUUGUAGGAGUCUUGUCAGUUGUUUUUGGCCAUGUUAUGGAUUGGAGAUUUAGCCUAGGCGUUCUCACAGGACAGUAACGAUAGUUGCUGGAAGUCAAAAGGCCAUACCACAGAGCUGGAAGUCGAUGUACCGGACUGAUAAUUGAAUCCAUAGUCUAUCAUUUGCUGCCACUUCAGCCCCAGUGUCGUCGUCAGAGAAGUCGUCCUACUAUUAGAAAAGGAGACCAGAACCCUAACCCUGAUAUGUUAUGAUCCUUGGCG